AUGAAAGAGAAUCAUCCAGCAGCUGCCUCUUGCACACCCCCUACUGGGGAUGUGCCCGCAACCAAGUGUGGUUGUGGGAAGAUGGAGGAAUAUGAGAAAUUCUGUGAGAAAAGUCUUGCCAGAAUCCAAAAGGCAUCACUAUCCACAGAGAGCUUUCUACCUGUUCAGUCUGAAGGCAUUUCACUUAUUCGCUUCCAUGGAGUGGCUGUGCUUUCUCCACUGCUUAAUAUUGAGAAAAGAAAGGAAAUGCAACAAGAAAAGCAAAAAGCACUGGAUGUAGAAGCAAGAAAGCAGGUCAAUAGGAAGAAAGCUUUACUGACUCGUGUCCAGGAGAUUCUUGAAAACGUUCAGGUUAGAAAAGCGCCUAAUGCCUGUGAGUUUGAUCAGUGGGAAGCUGAAACAGUUUACUCUAAUUCAGAAGUCAGAAACUUAAAUGUUCCUACUACCUUCCCAAAUGCCUUGCCAAGCUCUACUGAACACUCUACUUUAGCAAAGUUUGAAAAGAUAACUGGAAUUUUGCCAUUGAAUAAUGAGGACCAACUUAAAUCUAAUGGAAUAGACUUAACUAGGGAUUCCGAAAAAUUUAAUUUUCUGAAGCAAGGUGGUAGUUCAGAUAUUGGUCAUACAGAAAAUGAAGCUUCUCUGAAGACCUUCUCAGCAACCCCGCAAGAGACUCUUAUUUCUGGUGGGGGUCUCCUCCCAAAACAUGAAGAACAGGAUCCAUCUCUUUUAGAAGAAGUUACUCCAGAUCCCUACUUAAUGAGUCUCCAGAACCUGAUGAAAAAGUCAAAGGAAUAUAUAGAGAAAGAACAAUCUAGACGCAGUCUGAGAAGUAGUGCAAAGGAAAGUGUUAAUGAGAGUCACUCAGACAAAGAAAAUGAUGCCGUUAAAGUGACUGAUUGUGUAAAGGAGAAGACUCCAUUUAUGGGCAAACACUGUACUUCAGUGAUUCCUGAUAAACCAAGCCUUAAUAAAUCAAAUGUUCUUCUCCAAGGUGCUUUCGCUCAAGCAAGCAGCGUGAACACAGCAGUUUCGGGUAGUUUUUCUAAAGCAGACAUAGCUGUGGGAACUGGCCACCCCACUGUUUCAGAUCCUGAUUCUGAUUUUAAAGUCAUUCCCACUUUUGUUACUGAAAAUAAUGUUAUCAAAAGUCUUAUUAGUUCAUAUGCCAAAUUACCUAGCCCUGAGCCAAGCCUGAGUCCUAAAAUGCAUCGAAGGCGUUCUAGGCCAUCUUCAGCAUAUAAUAUACUUAUAAACAAUCCAGUAAAUGCCUGUGAAUUAAGUCCUAAAGGAAAAGAACAGACAGUAGACUUAAUUGUUCAAGAUACUAAUGAAAAGACAAGCAUACCUGAAAUGGUGCCAAAGUUACCAACUGAUUUAACAGGAGUUUGUUCAAGCAAGGUUUAUGUCAGCAAAAAUACAUCUGAAGCUACACAGGAAAUGGUUUUAAGUAAUUCAAAUCCGGUAUGUCAAUCUUCAGGAAAUCAAUUAGAAAAUAAAGUUAUUCCUGGACUUGCUAUGGUGGAAGGUCAAUUAACAUCUGAUGGAAGAGUUCCACACAAAAUGGACAGUGCAAGUACUGCAAUGCCAAGUUUGCAUGAACCAUAUACCAUUGAUCCAUGUACAACAAGUCAAAACUUUGGAACCAUGAGUGGACUCAAGUCAGCCGGUAUGUUAGAGAAAAGCUGCAGUUCACAAAUGGAACUGAAUAAGUCGUAUGAUGUAAAAAACCCAUCUCCUUUACUGAUGCAAAACCAGAAUGCCAGACAGCAGAUGGACACCCCUACAGUGUCCUGUGGAAAUGGACAAUUUUUGGAUAACAGUUUUGAGAAAGUUAAACGAAGACUUGAUUUAGAUAUGGAUAGUUUGCAAAAAGAAAACUGCCCAUAUGUCCUAACAGCUGAACAGGACAGGCAACAUUUGCCAGAAAAAAUACGCCCUACAGGAUCUGUCUACAUCAACAAGAAUAAAAUGUUAGAAAGCAUUUCCAGAGAAGAUGAGGAAAUAUUAAAAAGCAAGAUGUUAGCAUUUGAAGAAAUGCGGAAGAGACUAGAAGAACAGCAUGCCCAGCAAUUAUCACUACUCAUAGCUGAGCAGGAGAGGGAACAGGAAAGAUUGCAAAAGGAAAUAGAAGAACAGGAAAAAAUUUUCAAAGAGAAGAAAGUGAUUACAGCGGAAGCCUCUGAAUUGGGUGUUAACAAUACAGUGGACUUAGAAUGGAGAAAAAUAAGUGACUCCAGCUUGCUAGAAACAAUGCUCUCUCAAUUGGAUUCCCUCCAUACUUCAAAUUCCAAUAGUUCUGGUUUCACAAAUUCUACCCUACAACAUAGCCUUGGUUCUGUAAAUGAAGCACCAUUCUACCUCUGGGGAUCAUCAACUAGUGGCUUGACCAAACUCUCUGUAACAAGGCCUUCUGGAAGAGCCACAACUAAAUGGUCUCAGGUUUUCAGUCCAGAAGUACAAGCAAAAUUUAAUAGAAUAACUGCUGUGGCAAAAGGAUUUCUUACUCGUAGGCUUAUGGAGACAGAUAAAUUGAAGCAACUUCGACAAACUGUAAAAGACACUAUGGAAUUCAUAAGAAGUUUUCAGUCAGAAGCACCAUUAAAGAGAGGAGUUGUUUCAGCACAGGAUGCUAUUCUUCAGGAAAGAGUGCUGGCUCAGUUGCGAGCUGCCCUGUAUGGUAUUCAUGAUAUAUUCUUUGUAAUGGAUGCAGCUGAAAGAAUGUCUAUUCUACAUCAUGACCGAGAAGCUCGCAAAGAGAAAAUGCUCAGGCAAAUGGAUAAAAUGAAAAGUUCACGAGUGUCUCUCUCUGCUGCAACACAGAAGUCUCUUGAUAGGAAGAAGUAUAUGAAAGCUGCUGAAAUGGGAAUGCCAAAUAAGAAAUUCCUGGUUAAACAAAACCCUUCUGAAACAAGAGUACUUCAGCCAAACCAAGGACAGAAUGCUCCUGUUCAUAGGCUACUUACUAGACAAGGAACCCCUAAGACAUCAGUGAAGGGGGUUGUGCAAAAUAGACAGAAGUCUUCACAGAGCAGAGUGCCUAACAGAGCGCCUGUGUCAGGAGUAUAUGCAGGAAAAAUCCAAAGAAAGCGGCCAAAUGUUGCGACAAUUUAA